CUCCUACAUGUAUCACAGAGCUGCUCAGGCUCAUGUCCUUACAGCAAUAGGCUUGGCCUAGUUGCUGUUCGCACAGUCAUCGAGCAAACAAGCAACCAUCAGUCAUGACUGUACCCUAUCCCUUUCUAAACACGAUAGUAGGACUGAAUAGUCCACAACCUCACACUCUUGUUAGCAACCAUCGUCCGUCGCUUUCCCAGCCCUCAGAAUCUCUGUCGCUUGCCAACUGUUUCUGGUACGGCUAUAGCAUCAGCGCCCGAGGCGUAUCUGUGAUGAGGAAGGAUGAUGAACCCGCUGAAAUCUGGCUGAAGCUGUGGCCCGUGGGCUGGAUUGCAGUGUAAGAAUCAGUCUAGCCAAGUUCAUGAACCACGAUGCGGGAAGUAUAACAGCCCUCGCGAGUAAACAGCGCCCAAGAGUUCCUUCCCUUUCUUGCAUACCAUGAAGUCCGUCUCUGGAACGGUCUUCUCGCUCGCAUGUCUCGCUGCGACAGUCGCCACCUUGGACUUGGAGUUCCUCGAUGCCCUUGUCGACUUGGCCCAGCUCCCUGCCAGCUCUGCAACCCCAGAGUGUCGGAUUUUGGCCGCUGUUCGUGCCCCGGACCUUACUCCUAAUCAAGUAGCGCGUGGUGAACUCCGGAUACGUUCUGCGCCAGAGUCCAUCUGUACAUCCGCCAUUGAAUCCGUGUCUCUGCGUCUUCGCUUGCUUGAGUUCAGAGAGUACAAGAGACUCCGAGAAGGCCAGGUGCUGCCUGAGAUCACUUUGGUCGAAAGCUCUGCGAUCCCAGAGGAGUACGCUCAAACCUUCGGGGUCAAUGUGCCCAUGUACGAUUACACAAGUUACGACCAGGCCAUGUCAGAUCCCGAGUUCUGGGUCACGCAUGCUACAGAGAGAGAGGCGUGGUCUACAGAGGCGAUUCUACUCGAGAAUCUUGCUAAUCUUACUCGGCCAGUGGUCACUCCGUUCCACGUCGCAGUCCCUUCGGUGAACUAUCCCCCCUCCCCACAAUAUCGCUCGCGCGAUCUGCUUAAUGGGCCGGUCGAUGACAACUACGGUUAUGUAGACCUGACUUACCAAUACCUCGCGACCGUGACCUUUUUCGACGGUCGCACGACUGAGGUGCCUGCCGGCUAUACGACAUUUAGUCCCUUGUCGUUUGUGCGCCCUUCUCAAGAGCCAGUCACCUUGAGCGCCGACUUGAAGCAAGAUUUCUCCUCCAUAACCCAAGAAGCCCCUGAUGUUCGGGCACGUGAAGACAAACUCGAGAAAUGUCUUCCACGCGCUCAACGAUCGAAUUUCACCGUCAAAAUCAAUUUGGACGAAGGCAGUGUUGUGCAGCAAGGACAUACUCUGAAGGGUCGACUCACGGUACUAGGCGAUGCCGGCAGUACCUCUGCCUCUCGCGUCAGGGUCACUGUCAGGUCCUCGAUCACGGUAGAUGUUCCAAACUCCAACAAUGCGCCGGCGUCAAGCAUCAGCUACCGAGAUCUGAACGCCAACUCGACCAAUUAUGAUUCAAUCUUCGCCGAAAAUGACUCGCUGAACAUCCGGGCGCUUGGUCGCUCUCGCGACAAGGAAAGCGCGGAGGGAACUGUGACUGCUGCUGAUCCGAGCAUGGACUUCACCCUCGAAGUACCAGCGGACGCACCAACUGACUUUGCGACGUUCUACUCGACGACCCAGGCCUAUUUGCACGUCACAUUAACCGCCCUCUAUCCUGUCAAGGUCGCGAAAGAGUGCAUGAAUUACACCUUCCAUCAACCUGUAAUUCCGGAAAUCGACGCCGAUCAGGCUGAAGAGGGACUAUGGGACAUGUAUUCUCGGGUCGGCGAAAAGCUUGUGCGCCACACCAAUGACUGGGCGCGCAGUAUCACACUGGACGCUCAAGUGCCUGUUUCCAUCGUGGGAGAAAUCACAUCUGCAUCCAACAUGCCUGCCCAUUAUCUUGACUCCGGCUCCCUCGCACCUGUGCUGGGCCCUGGCUGGUCGGCACCUGAUGCCAUUGAAUUUCCCAAAGCGAACCCGAAGGAGACCGUCGAGCCAGCCGAAGAUACGGCUCAGAGGUUGCUGCGGGGAGGCAGCAGCGCCAAUCCCUAUGAACGGAGCAAGAAUUUUAUGAACAUCUACCGCUGGAGGAUAAGAUUCCCCGAUCCGACUGAAACGUACCGAUCGGGCGCAUACGCUGGUGUUCUCUGGCGGAAAAAGAUGGUUGCAGAUGAGAGAGCUGCCGCAAAGAACAGUGAAGACGGUGAAACUCAGCACGUCUUUGCCGCCGACGCUUAGCAAACCUGGCUUAGUAGACUGACUCUACAUGGAUCAUGUACAAUAAAUAAGAUGUGGAAUAUAGUUAUACAAUGCCUCUCAACUUCUUCUGGAUGGUCUCGCAUUAUCAACUAGCACUCGCCUCGGUCUGCUGGACUCUGCAGAAGCCGCUUUGGGCACAGGCUUCGUUGGAGAAGGCAGAAUUUUGGCCUUGACUCGCGCGCGUGAAACUGUACUGACAGGUUUCGUUUCCGUUCUAGCCUUCUUCGCCGUGCUCUCUACUCUCCCUGCAGCACCUGCGCCCGCGCCUAUCUUGCGCUUGACGCCCAGUCCAUUUUCUUUUUCCUUGGCUGCAGGCGGCGGCUCCACAGCCCGGCCUUUGCCCUUGUCAGCAGCCGUAAAUCGGGGCGGCGCUUUCGCCGGAAUCUUCCUCCGAGGUGCAAUAGUAGGCAACGAAACAGGACUCUCGGGCGGCGAUUCUGUCACACCAAGCUCCUCUGCCAAGGUCAAUUCUCGCGCAGGAGGCUCAGCAGGAAUCACAGGAAACAUCUCCUGAUCCCCAUCCUCCUCGGCCAAAACAGACAGAGGCAUCGACGGCUCGCCCUCAUCCGAAGCAGGAGAGUUUCCCAGCAUCAGUAUGCGACUCAGUGGACUCGGCUUGACAGGUGAAUAUGCGUGCACCAUUCCCCGGGCGAAUGGCUUGGCCAUGGGGAACGGAGCUUUGAAAGGUGUUUCCGGAAUUUCGGCGGGGGGUAGAGGUGAAGCUUCUGGUGGUGGGGGCAGUGAAAAUGUUGGAAGGGGGGCAAUACGAGCGGGGAACGCUGAGCCCGGAGCGGGUAGUAAAGCUGCGGGGGAAGGCGGGGGGAGAACAAAUGAGGUCGGCAGUAGCGAGGAUGACGCAGUCAUCACACUAGGAGAAAGAACGACUUCCGUCUCGAAUGCGGGCUCCACUCUAUCUUUCGUUGGCGAUAACUGCGACGAUCGUUUCGAUCCACGUGUUGAUUUUCGCUGGGCGCCAGCCUUGCCUACAGUAACAGGUUUGGCGCCAACGUUCUUUCGCGGAGAUUUGGGUCUUCUUGGAGAUCGCCGCGGAACUGGGCGCUCAACGGAUGCUUCUGCCUUGGGCGUCGGGGGAAGUUCUAAGAGCAUCUUGUCCACUUCCCAUGAACGUUUCUCGUC